AUGGCCGAUCCACUCUUCAACACGGAGCGCCAUGUCAAAUACUACCUCCGAUGCCUAAAGACCUUCCUGCCCUCCGCUUACACCUCCAAUGACUCCAAUCGCAUGCUCCUCGGCUACCUGACCCUCUCAGGAUUGGACGUACUCGGCGUCCUGUACACCAAAACCACACCGGAAGAGCGACAAGGAUACAUCGACUGGCUCUACCACUGCCAAGUGUCAACAGGCGGAUUCCGCGGAUUCCCAGGCACUGAUUUCGGACCAGAGAAGCGAAACAAUGACAAUGAAGCUUGGGACCCGGCAAACGUCCCCGCGACAUUCUUCGCGCUGGUCAACUUGCUCAUUCUCGGGGAUGACCUGUCCCGUGUCAAGCGGCGGGAGUGUCUCGAGUGGCUUCCCAAGGUGCAGCGCGCCGAUGGAAGCUUUGGAGAGCUUGUUGGUCCUGAUGGGGGUGUAGGGGGAGCUCGUGAUUUGAGAUAUUGCUGCUGCGCGACUGGUGUGCGGUAUAUCUUACGCGGACGAAAUGGGGCUGGGCUUGAGGGUGUACCGGAUAUUGAUGUGCAAGGGUUGGUCUCUUUUAUUGAGGCGUGUCAGACGUACGACGGUGGCAUGGCCGAGUCUCCUUUCUGCGAAUCGCAUAGUGGACAUACAUAUUGCGCAAUUAGCUCGUUGGACUUCUUAAGUCGCACAUCCCCUGAUCUGAAAUCCGUACCGCUACUAUCGGCCGGGUCAGACAAGUUUGAGUCUUUGAUUACAUGGUUAGCCUCGAGGCAGACGGCCCGACUUGAAGAAGAUGAUUAUGAAGAUGACACUGGGAAUGAGGCACCCAAGGCCUCUGAGGCAGGAUCUCUCAAUGAAAGAGUUCACGGGCUUCCCAACGUUGAAACACUCGAGGCAGACACAAUAUCAUGUGCCGGCUUCAACGGUCGAUGCAAUAAAGUUGCCGACACCUGUUAUUCAUUCUGGAACGGAGCGACACUGGUAAUGCUGGACCAUUAUUCUGUGAUUGACGAUGUUCGCAACCGUCGAUACUUGCUCGAAAAGACCCAGCAUCUUGUUGGUGGAUUUGGAAAGGCGCCCGGGGAUCCUCCAGAUCUUCUUCACUCAUACUUUGGCAUGGUUUCCCUGGCUUUCCAGGGCGAAGCAGGGCUCAACCCCGUCGAUCCCACGAUGGGCGCCAGUAAACGUGCUGUGCAUCAUCUUGAAUCGCUGCCUUGGCAAUAG